ACUCUUUCACAGACACUGUGUGAGGAAACGCAUGUGGUCACAAUCGUUUGCAUGCUGCCAUCAUCAGCUCCUUCUCUUGCAUUAAAACUCAUCGCAGCACCAUUGCAGACUCUGAUUGGUCUGUGCAGUCGCAGACAGGAAGUGAAGCGCAACUUUGUACAAAACCUUGGAUCUGGUGGCUCCAAAUGCUCCGACACAGUCGUUUAGGUUAGAAAGAAAGCAGAGGAAAUAUGCCUGGACCACCACCGCCGCCCCCUCCUGGUCCUCCUCCAACAUUUGCAUUGGCAAACACAGAGAAGCCAAAUCUGAGCAGAUCAGAGCAGCAAGGGAGAAAUGCUCUACUAUCAGAUAUCGGCAAAGGAGCUCGACUGAAGAAAACCGUCACCAAUGAUCGCAGCGCCCCAGUGCUGGACAAACCCAAAGGAGGUGGAGGAGGAGGGGGAGGAGGAGGUGGAGGGUUUGGGGGCGGAGCUCCAGGUGGAAUGGGUGGACUGUUUCAGGGUGGAAUGCCAAGACUGAAAUCAUCAGGAAACACUGUAAGACCACCGAUGCCUUCUACAGCAGGGAGAUUCCCAGCACCCAGCACCCCAGCAGGAAGCAGACCCCCACUCCCAUCCACAGGACGACCUUCUCCUGGGAGGGCCGGACCCCCACCUGUACCGUCCUCAUCACGCUCACCCCAGCACAGUUCUCCUAGUGGCCCACCACCUCUACCUGGAGGUCGACCGCCAAGCUCCUCAGUUUCUGCACCUCCUCCUAGCCAGCCGGGCAGACGUCCAAGCCUUCCUCCUCAACCAAGGGAGUCCCAGUCUUCCUUCCCUCCACCCCCAAUGCCCGCAAGUGCCCGGCCGCCAUUACCCACAAUCCCAAGCAGGCCCUCAGAUGACUUCCCUCCCCCUCCUCCACCCACCGGAGGAGGCAGAGCGUCAUUUUCUCGAGAUGGAGCACUACCACCACCGCCACCAUCAACUGAGUGUAAACCAGCGAGUUCUCAGAGGCCUAUGGGUAAUGCGCCUCCAUCCUUACCUCCAGCAAGAGGAGGGGCCCCACCCAUCCCACCAUCCCCAAGGGACGAGCCCAACACUAGAGGCUCUCCGAGAAACAACUUUCCUCCUCCACCACCGCCUGGACGCUCCAGCCCACUGCCACCACCACCCAAUGAGAGGCCGCCUCCAUCAGGAAGGAGCUCAUCCAUACGGUCAGGUCCCCUACCACCUCCACCCGCUGGAGGAGGAGGCAGAGGAAUGUCUCCCCCCGUACCUCCUCCUAAUCGUGCCGGUGGAUCAGGCAGACCCCCUCUACCCCCAGACCCUCCCAGAGGGUCAAGUUUUCCUCCACCACCCCCUGACACCAUCAAUGGCUUCCAGUGCCCUCCUCCACCUGCCGCAGAUGAGUGGGGGAUGAGGUUUCCCUUCCAUCCUCUGUCUGAAUUACCCCCACCAGAGCCGUACGUCUCCUUCUCUAAGUCUUACCCCAGCAAAGCUGGUGGCAAAGGAGUGAGAGACAGAGGGGCGCCACCCUUGCCACCAAUUCCCAGAUAAAAUGCUUUGACAAUAUACAGUGUGAGCUGGUUGUUCAUCUGCUGAAUGAGACUCAGGAACUUGUGAAAACAUGAAUGUUUUUAACUUUUAUUUGCAUUUUUUUUAAAUCACUGUUUUAUGCAAUUUAAUCAUUUGGGGUGAAAUAUGUCCAUAUAUGGAAAUUAAAGUGCAUUCUGUCAUUAUCUAAGAAAGUUUGUUUUAAUCAAUUUCAUCUGCAAUUUGAAAUGAAGACAUUUUGUGUGUGUCCAGGCAUAACAUACAUUGUGGGGUCUGAAUGUCCACACAGAGAUGAUAAUUAUGGUGUUACUGUUAUUGUAGAUUAUCGCUGCUGCUGCAAAGCACGUACGGGAACUUGCUAGUGCCAAUACAUAUGCCAAUACGGUGCUGUGAGCAUUUAAGACAUACUGUUGCUGCUGCACAAGUAGCAUAUAGCAAGUAGCAUAUAGCAUACAAGUAGCAUAUAAAAUAACCUGUAACUAACCUGUAACCUAAAUGGGUGGAGCUGGGGUCAUGGAGGGCUUUAGAGAAACUCUGAAAGUGUGCAGCUAUUUAAAUGUAAAGCAGAAAGCUUAUUGUCUGCGUAUGCAAUAUGAACCAAUCAGCUUGUGCCAAAUAGUAUAACGCUGUGAAUAUCAUCAGCUGAAGAUGGCAAUUCUCUACUUAUUAUUUCCUAUAAAUACCAUAUAGGAAAUAAUACAAUAGGUAUAGAAUUUAUUUACAGUAUAUUAAAGAUGCUAUAAUCAAGGAAGUGUAGCCUUUACAGCUGUAAGCAAUGCGAACUUCUAACAAACCCACUGAAAGUUGCCACACUGCCAUCCCUUCAACCACUCAGUCUAAUAAAGAUGUAAUCUCAUUCGCUGAAAGGAAACACGUUUCAUCAGGUCAUUUGAAAAGCAAAGUUGUGUUAACAAGGCUGAUACAAUGAGUGCUUUUGAGGAUGGAACAAUGACUGAAUUUCCCAAUUUGCAAGAUUUAGUGACAUCAAAUCUUUUGUAUGGGGUGCAAUUUGUGUGAGAGCUUUCUUGUAUAAAAACUGAUGUCAGUGAGCAUAACCUUACAAUAUAUUCUGCUUUGUAUUCCAAUUAUGUGAAACAGCCUGUAUUUUCUGUUCUGUACAGUGUUUUCCAAAUUCUGAAUUCAGCCAAGGACCUUAUUUAGCAGCCUAAAGGUAUAUUUGAUUGUAUGUGUUGUUCUUUGACAUUCAUGCAUUUGAAGCUGCUUAAUAAAAGUCUUAUUUUUCUUACAAACAAACUGCUCAGUGGCCCAAACAUUGAAGUUCGACCAAAAAUCCUAAGUAAAAAGUUCCAAAUUAGCAAUACUUUGCAAAUCACUUAGAGAAACGCUGCCCUCUAUCGGUCAUAACAAGAACUUGUAUUGGUUCUGUUUUGUAAGCUACAGGAAUUAA